AAUAUUACAUAAACGAUGGCCAUGUUCUUGGUGCACCACAUAUAUAUGAAUAUUUAAGUCGUGUUAUGUACCAGAGACGGACUCAAAUCAACCCUCUUUGGAAUGCCUAUGUUGUUGGUGGAUAUCACAAUGGAGAAGGAUUUCUCGGAUAUGUUGAUCUACUAGGAACAACGUAUAAAUCUUCUAGUAUUGCUACUGGUUUCGGUGCUUAUUUAGCUCAACCCAUUCUUCGAAAGAUUGUUGAGGGUCAUGAAAAUACUCUUUCAGAAGAAGAAGCCAUAGAUGCUAUUGAAACGUGUAUGAAGGUCUUAUUCUAUAGAGACGCAAGAAGUCUUAAUAAGUUUCAACGUGCAAAAAUUACAGCUCAGGGUGUCGAGAUUACACAGCCUUAUUCAGUGGACACUGAGUGGUCAUUUGCCGAAGGCCAAUAA